AUGAAGUCCGUCGUCUUCAAAGGUGUCAAGCAGGUCGCCCUUGAAGAUCGGCCGAAACCCACCAUUCAAGAUCCCAAAGACAUCAUUGUGAAGGUCAAAUACACCGCGUUGUGUGGAAGCGAACUUCAUGUCUUUCGCGGGCAUCAACCUUCCGGAACCGGCUUUAUCAUGGGCCACGAAUUCACAGGUGUCGUCGAUGAAGUUGGCUCCGCUAUCACCAAGCUUCAACCCGGUGAUGCGAUCGUCAGCCCUUUCACCGUGAGUUGCGGAGAGUGCUUCUACUGCAAACAAGGAUUCUCGUCACGAUGCGACCAGUGUCUUCUCUUUGGGACAGCUCUUCUCGAUGGAGGGCAGGCUGAGUAUGUGAGAAUUCCAUAUGCUGAAAGCACGGUUGUAAAGGCCCCAGAGGAGAUCGACGACUUGAAACUCUGCUUGAUGGCCGAUAUCUUUCCAACCGGCUGCUUUGCUGCAUCUAAUGGUCUGAAGGAUCUGAGUAAAGAGCAAGUCGAGGAUAGUGUCGUCGUCCUUAUCGGCUGCGGACCUGUGGGCAUUUGCGCGCUCAUCGCCGCGCUGGAGUAUAAGCCUAAGAUCAUUCUGGCUGUUGACGGUAUAGAGUCUAGACUAUCCCUCGCCAAGAGUCUUGGAGCCGAGCCGUGGAAUUACCUCACGCAGAAGGAUGAGCUUGAAAAACGAGUGAAGGAAUUAAGUGGCGGUCGCGGCGCCGAUGUUAUCAUUGAGGUAGUUGGGCAUAGCUCAGCUCUAGAUAUGGGCUUCAAGCUCCUUAGACCCUGGGGCAUUAUCUCCAGUGUCGGUGUUCACAAUGGAGAAAUUCCGUGGACUGGGAAUCAAGCGUACGGGAAGAACUUGACUAUCAAGAUGGGCAGAUGUCCUGUUAGGAGUAUCUUCGAGGAUUCUUUGAAGCUGCUUGCCAAAAAGCAGCAUCUCUUGGACUUCAUGACCGCGACGGUAAUGCCGCUGAGCAAUGCUCUUGAGGGCUACGAGCUAUUCGACUCGAUGAAGGUUCAAAAGGUCAUAUUUGAUGCAGAGAAAUAA